AUGUCUCCUUCGCAGCCAUUCAUCCCCUCAUCGCCCAUUGAAGGUGGCUUCAGGAAGAAAUCGCGCUUCACAUACAAACAUCUCCAUCUGCUGAGUCAAUCCUCGACGACAUGCCCUCUGCGAGUGAUCGCGCUGAUUGACUACGAUGCUUUCUACGCGCAAUGUGAGAUGGUCAGGUUGGGCGUAGCAGAGAACCAACCCCUCGCCGUACAACAAUGGCAAGGGAUCAUCGCCAUUAACUAUCCAGCCAGGGAAUUCGGGCUGAACCGACAUGUGACGGUCAACGAAGCAAAGACCAAAUGUCCGAAGAUCGUAAUCCAACACGUGGCGACUUGGCGCGAGGGCGACGACAAAUGGGCCUACCGCGACGACGCGGCCAACCAUAUCCAGACAGAUAAAGUCUCGCUGGACCCGUACCGGCUGGAGUCAAGAAAGGGCUUGGCGCUGGUCAAGGAGAUCCUCCCGCCGCCCCCAACCCAGAAGGUCGAAAAGGCCAGUAUCGACGAGGUGUUCCUCGACUUGUCUGCACAGAUCCAUCAGAUCCUCCUCGAUAGGUACCCGGAGCUCGCACAUGCGCCGUACGACGAUCCGACGGAACAUCUGCCCUUGCCGCCUUCCGCCGCGCUGGACUGGCAAGCGGAUGCCCUGGUAGAUUUGGACUCGGCGGAGACCGAGGAUGACGACCCAGAUUGGGACGAUGUGGCAAUGAACAUCGGCGCCGAGGUCGUUCGAGGCGUACGCGCCACAAUCCACGAACGGUUGAAAUAUACCUGCUCAGCGGGCAUUGCGCGCAACAAAAUGAUGGCCAAGCUCGGGGCCGGGUACAAGAAACCGAAUCAGCAGACCAUUGUGCGGAAUCGGGCAGUGCAGCACUUUCUCUCCGGCUUCAAAUUCACCAAGAUCCGCAAUCUGGGUGGCAAGCUCGGAGAUCACGUCGUAGACACGUUCGGCACCGAGGAAGUCAGGGAGCUGCUGAGCAUUCCGCUGGAACAGAUGAAGGCUAAGCUGGGCGCAGAUACGGGGAUGUGGCUCUACGAAAUCCUUCGCGGGGAGGAUCAUAGUGAAGUCAGCUCACGCACGCAGAUUAAAUCCAUGUUGUCAGCCAAGUCCUUCCGACCGAGUAUCAGCACGACCGAACAGGCAAACAAAUGGUUACGUAUUUUCGUGGCAGAUAUCUAUGCGCGUCUGGUAGAAGAAGGCGUGCUGGAGAACAAGAGACGGCCCAAGACCAUCACUCUUUAUCAUCGUCAGGGUGGACAGACUAAAUCGAAACAACUGCCAAUUCCACAAGGCAAGAAGAUGGACGAGGCGAUUCUGUUCGGCCUUGCAAAGACACUUUUGGGACAGGUCGUUGUUGACGGCAGGGCUUGGCCGUGUGCGAACCUCUCGUUGAGUGUAGGUGGGUUCGAAGAUGGUAUUUCUGGGAAUAAGGGAAUCGACACGUUCCUCUUGAAAGGCGAGGAAGCCAGAGCAGCCAUGGAUGUUCCACCUCGAGGUAAUAUAGCGACACCCAAUCCGGAUGAGACUCGACCGGAGAAGCGACGGAAACUCAAUGAAGCCUCUAGCAUUACCCGAUUCUUCUCUAGGGGCGAGAGUCCAGGGGAUGUCGAGGGUGAAUCGGCAGCCGACAUCGUAGAAGAACACGAUGACCAGGAUGACCCUGAGAACAAGGAAGCCGCUCAAGCUGGCCAUUCUCCUCGACUGCACCGACAGGGCAUCGCCCCGUAUUUCUGCCAGGCAUGUCAACAGUCGAUUCAUGAGUCCGACAGAGCCGAGCACGAGGAUUGGCAUUUCGCCAAAGACCUCCAGGCCCAAGACACACCUGCGAUGCAAGGUCCGUCAAACAGUCGUCCCCCUGGUCGGUCGACCACCAAACCAAAGCGUGGAGGCAUUAGUAGUCGGGGACCGGGGGCGAAACCCGAGAAAGGCCAGAGUCGUCUUGCUUUUGGCUAG